CUUAUAUAAAUAACAAAGUACCGAUUAUCUAAUUACUGACUGAAUGUACGAUCAUUGAAAUCGACUAUUUUUUUUUCUAAAUUUAGCAAAUGAGUUCAUUGCAUUGAGAUUCUAUUUUUAUAUUUAGAUUUAAGUGAAGCAAUUGAUGUAUACAAUGCAUGGAUUGAUGCAUGUGAAGACGUUAAUAAAAAUCAACCAAUAGUAGCAUAA